GCUAGGAGUGGUUGCUUUCGCUUUAUUCCAACAACGUAUCUCCCCUUAAAGAGCUUGCGACAACAAAUUUGUCGUGUAAAUUGUUGUUAAAUGAGAGAAAAAAAUUAUUGACGAACUCGCGCGCGCGAGCGUGUGUGUGUGCGUUCAUGCCCAGUGACUCGAUUGGAAAAUGCAAAUUUUCGAUCGGUGGCGCGACGAAACCAACUGCUCUCAUUUGAUCAACGACAUGUAUCUGAAGAUCCUUUAGCAACCGAUAUGUGAGGCGCGCGCGGUCGGACAAAACUCUUUCUCGCUCUCUCUCUCUCUCUCUCUCUCUCUCUCUCUCUCUCUCUCUCUCUCUCUCUCUCCCUCUCUCUCUCUCCCUCUCUCUCUAUAUGUGCAUAUACAAAGCUAUCUCUCAACCUGCACUAUGGACUACUGCAACAACUUUGACGACGCGUUUCAUAAUAUUGUUUGUCAUCCACUUAUCAUUGUCUUCCAGUAAAAAGUUGUUUCUCGGUUGGCGUGUACGUUGCUCGGUCAGUCGUACGAAGGCAGAGUAGAGAAAGUGCGUGAAUAAAUUGGUGCGUCAUGGAUAACAUCAGCGAGUUCGACAUCAAGCUCGAAAAAGAGGUCUAUUACGCUGGCGAGACUAUUCGGGGCCACGUGAUUUUGCACACUAGCGAGAACUUCAAGCUGAGAUCGAUGCGGCUGGCGGUGCGCGGCCAGGCGCACGCCGAGUGGAAGGUCCUGGUGAGCGGCGAGCGCAGGAACGUGAAGGAUGACCAGUACUUCGUGGACGAGCGCACGGUGGUGUGGGGCCAGGAGUCGUCGGAGGGGCCGAUACCAAUCCUGCCGCGCGGCAAGCACCAGUUUCCGUUCGCGUUCCAGCUGCCGGAGAGCGCGCUGCCGUGCAGCUUCGAGUCGCGCACCGGCUACAUUCGCUACUACGUGAAGGCGACCGUGGACCGGCCGUACGCGAGUCCACCGCAGGGCCUCAAGUACUUCACGCUGCUCGGGCCGCACAUCGACUGCAUGGACGAGCAGUACCUGAAGCCCGUGCUGGGCAGAGAGGUGCGGACGUCGUGCUGCUUCUGCUGCCGGCGCAACCCCGUGGAGCUGAGCGCGCAGCUAGAGCGCAGCGCGUACGUGUGCGGCGAGAGCAUCAAGCUGCGCGCCAGUAUCGACAACCGCGGCCUCGAGAAGGCCUGGCUGCACGUCCGGCUCACCCAGGUAGGCCUCCUCGCCGCCGGUCGGCGCGCGCCGAGCACCGCUGCCCGUCUGUCCGCGCGCGCCUGCUUGCAGUACGUGGAGUUCUUCCUGGAGCGCGGCGUGCUGGGCACCAGCCGCGAGAUCCAGAAGGUCGUGAUGGAGUACAAGGGCGAGCCCGUGCCCUCGGGCUCGGCCGUCAAGUGGGACUCGUCCAGGAAGAUGGUGCUGCCCUGCUGCCCGCCCACCCUCGUCGGCGUCUGCCGCCUCAUCAAGAUCUACUACGUGCUCAAGGUGAGCGUGCAGCUGGAGAAGUCGGGCGAGGACAUGCAGAUGCACUUCCCGAUCACGGUGGCCACGGUGCCGUUUCGGAUACCCAACCUCACGCACCAGCCGCAGAUCAGAUACGAGACGGCGACCGAGCGCGUGGAGGGCGGCUGCUACGUCGGCCCGGAGUUCCUGUUGGGCCAGGUGUACGACGGCAGCGAGGUGCUCACCUCCCAGCCGCCCCUCGUGCUCUACAGACCGGUCUACGUGUGCAUCGCCGCCGAGAAGAAGCCCGCCCCCGCUGCCGGCCAGGCGCAGAGUCGCCCUUAGAGCUGCCCCGCCGCCCAUCUUCCUUCUCGACGAGCUGACGUCUCUCGCGCGGAAUGGACCGAUUCAUCGAACGCUCGCACUCGCGCGCCAACCCUUCGCCUGGCCUGGCUGCUCGUCCACGCGCAACAGGUGACAGCUUUACCUUGGCCCUCUCUCUGCCGCACAAUUAUGCGAUACGCUCCGCGUCUCGGCUUCUUCUUGACAGGUCACUCGUAUCGCGAACAACGAUGGCCCAACGAAGAACACGUGCGGAGUCGAUGCUCGACGAGACGCUCGAGGCUUCUUCCGUGACCUGCGUGCGCUGCACCUAUCACCUACGCCACUGACUGUCCGACUGGCCGGUUAAGAGCUACUGAACCUAUCGGCUGUUUGGUGCUUUUGUCGGAAACGCGUUUUUCUAAUCUUUGUCCGAAUUUUCCGUAUCUGUACUCUCUGUCUUCUGAUAUCCCGCGACGUAUACGCACCACACGCCGCCACGCACUCUUUGCCCAUGCAGUUGUUUCCACGACAAUAUUCGCACACACCUGUACCAUUCCCCACGUCAACUUCCGAUUAUCGAGCAUUCUAAGCUAUCUGCAUUCAGACACGAAGUGAAAUCUAUCUUUCACCGGUCACAGCAAAGCCUUAGACCACGAGCGCGUGUUUGUAUUUUUUCUACCAAGACCAAUUUACAUUGUAGCCGGAAAAACAAUAAAAACUUAUAGUCUGAUAGCGAGAGCAAAAAAAAAACAAAUAUAAAGGUCUUCCCAGAUGUAGGCAAACAGAUGGCCAUUUUUCCUUUUCGACGUUCCCGUUAACAACGUAGAUAAGUGCCUCUAGUUGACAGACACGUUUCACGAAUCAAGCUUUUCUCCUGUAAUAACAUAAAAACAGCAAGUGCAGAUAGGCUGCUGAAGAGAACACUCCAGCAAUAAGAGAGAAUAAAGUCGAUCAAUGUCUACGAAUUCUUCGUGUUGAAAGGUACAGUGAAUAAACAGGUACCCAAUCCGACCCACCCCAGUCAAUUAUGAUUGCGUUUACAUUUUCGUGUCAUUAAAAGAAUGACAAUGAUAAACAAUCUGAAUAACGUGGUACAGGUGUCAAAGCAACCCAAAGAUACAUGAAGCAUCUUAGUCAAAUCCGUUGAAGCAUUUAGCACUAGACGUUUAAGAAAGUUGACUGCAUAGUUAUGCAGAUUUUAGACUUGUAUAGACUGUAGAAGUGCUUGAAUUUUAUUACCUAAAUAUAUUCGAAAGGAAAAUAAAAUUUAGCAGAUUAUUGAAAUUUCAGAACGAUUUGCUUGAUUUUUUAUUUGGGUUCUCUUCUGUACAUUGGGUCGCGAAAUUAAACAUUUUACUUGAUGUUUUAAUGUGUCAAAACUUUUUCUAUAGCAAUUGAAUAAUGUAAACAAACAAAACCAAGAAACGUUGAUUGGCUCUUUAAGGUGAAACAGAUGUAUCAAUUUUUAAUCAGGGACUGAUAUAAUUUAUUGCCAAUAAAAUUGAAUCUUGAUUGCCCAAUUCAUCAAUUAAUCAAGAUCGAAACCAAGUUAGUGUUACGAAUUCACGUUUUCAGUUGGAGCUAUUAACUUACGUGCACAACCUGACACGUGCUAACUACGCAGGGUCAAGAAUCGUUCGUUAUAUAUUGUAUAAGACCUUGCAUGAAAAACCAAAUCGUUAGACUACAAGCACGCUGAAUAGAAGAUAAUACCUAUAAAACAUAGUUAUCGAUAUUUGAAGUAACUAUUCAAGUUGGAACUGUAUACUUAAUUGCAUAAAUAUUUGAAUUUAUGUGUGUACGCAUAUUGGCAUACAUUCAUGAAUAUAGCAGAAUUUCAAACAGCGUAAGUUUUAUCUGUUAAUCAAGGACAAAAAGACGUUGAAAUGUUGUUACCGCUGUUGCUACCUGUAUGCCUUUCAUCACCUUUGUAUUAUUAAAAAGUGCGUGUAUAAUAAAUAAAUGUUUAUACAUGAAUUG